UCGGCCUGACCCGGGAGUGAAUCCGCUGCUGACUGGCGGCGCCGGGGAAGCUGCAGACCCUGCCGCCGCAGCGGCCACGGGCCACCGCGACAGCGACUGCGAGGAUGAUCUCCCCGCGGGAACAAGGCGGGGAGGUGGCCCGAUUCUACACGGUCACCGAGCCCAAACGCCAUCCUCGGGGAUACACCCUUUAUAAGGUCACCGCGCGGAUAGUUUCACGAAGAAAUCCAGAGGAUGUCCAGGAGAUAGUCGUUUGGAAGAGAUACAGUGACUUUAAGAAAUUGCACAAAGAACUCUGGCAGAUUCAUAAACACUUAUUCAGGCAUACAGAAUUGUUUCCUCCUUUUGCUAAAGCAAUAGUAUUUGGGCGAUUUGAUGAAAGUGUGAUUGAAGAAAGAAGGCAAUGCGCAGAAGAUUUGCUGCAAUUUUCUGCCAAUAUCCCGGCACUCUAUAAUAGCAAGCAACUUGAGGAUUUCUUUAAGGAUGGAGAGGUGCACGAUGGGUCUGAAUUGAUUGGACCUGCAGAACCUCUGUGGGAUUCCUUGACUGACAGUGCGUCUGUCUGCAGUUCUGAAGCUCGCAAAGAUGUCAGUGGCAUUGAUGAUGUAGCACUUAGCCAGUCAGAAUGUGGAGGUUUCUCCAGUGACAGCGACCUGAUCUCUUUGACCGUUGAUGUGGACUCUCUUGCUGAAUUAGAUUAUGGAAUGGCAUCUAAUCAGAAUUCUCCAAGUAGAUCUUUUGCUCUCAGCUUUGCUGCUGAACCUUCAGCACAAGCCUCUGCUGCUUCAGAUCACGAGUGGAGCAAACCCGAUGGUGAGAGGGAGAGCCGUGGCCUCUUUACUGGGAGCUUAAAGGCCAAACUUGGCAGGCGAGACUACUUGGAGAAAGCUGGGGAGCUGAUCAAAUUGGCUUUGAAGAAGGAGGAAGAGGAAGAUUAUGAGGCAGCUUAUGGCUUUUAUAGGAAAGGGGUUGAUCUGCUUUUGGAAGGAGUUCAAGGAGAACCGAGUCCAACCCGUCGUGAAGCAGUGAAGAGAAAAACCUCAGAAUAUCUGAUGAGAGCAGAAAAAAUUUCCAGCCUUUAUUGUAGACCCUCAUCAGAAGAUGGAUCAGUUUGUGGGCCUCCAGGAUCACUAAGUUCAAGGCCCUCUUGGAACCUAAGGAGCCCUGCCGAGGAACUGAAGGCCUUUAGAGUUCUUGGGGUGAUUGACAAGGUAUUGCUAGUAAUGGACACUAGAACACAGCAGACAUUUAUACUGAAGGGUCUAAGGAAAAGUAGUGAGUACAGCAGGAAGAGAAAGACCAUAAUUCCCCGCUGUGUGCCCAACAUGGUGGCUCUGCACAAGUACAUCAUCUCGGAGGAAUCGGUAUUCCUUGUGCUACACCAUGCAGAAGGUGGCAAGCUCUGGUCUUACAUCAGUAAAUUCUUGAACAGAAGCCCCGAAGAAAGCUUUGAAGCUGCUAAAUCCAGACAAUCCAGCUCUACCAAAAUUCAUUUUCAUCAGGCAACUCCUAGUCCUCAAGACAAUAGUAGUAGUGUUGGCUCCAGAGAGAGCAGUGGAGGGAAUAUGCUGCAGGUUGUGCCUCUGAAGUCCAGUCUCACUCCAAGUUCUCAAGAUGGUAGUAGUAACCUGGAAGAUGGCCAAGAAAGUUCUCCCAAAUGGAUUGAUUCUGCGUCCAGUUCAGAUGAAGAAUGUACUACAAGUUAUCUAACGUUAUGCAAUGAAUAUGGUCAAGAAAAGGUUGAUCCUAGUUCUUUAAAUGAGGAGCCUAUGAAAGCAGAUGAGGAAGGAGGGUUUCAGGAAGAGGAAGUGGUUGCUAGUGGGAAUUUGGGAUCCCCAUCCACAUCUCAGGAAGUAAAGCUUUUUGCUGAUGAUGCUGAGCCAGAAAUAACCAGUCCUACUAGGAUAUCAGAAUCACUAAGUAAAUCCAAGAAUAGCCCCAUGGAAUUCUUCCGAAUUGACAGCAAAGACAGCACCAGUGAACUUCUGGGUCUUGACUGUGGAGAUAAACUUUACAGCUUAAAAUCAGAAUCUUUAAAACAGUUUUUCCCCAUGUCUAGUUGGGAUAGGAGUCUCGAUACCAUAGAGAACAAACUGGGUCCUACAUCUCAGGAUAACAUCAGCAGAGGUUCCAAUGACUCUGUACCAGUGAUCUCUUUUAAGGAUGUUGCAUUUGAUGAUGUAAGUAGCGUUGAUGAAGGAAGGCCUGACCUUUUGGUAAACUUGCCGGGCAUCACUGAGCAAAUGACGGAAGCAACAGCAGAUAGGCCAGUGAACCUUACCAAGCCACAUGGAGAUGUUUUGGAAAGUAAACUUUUGGAAACCCCUGAUGUCUUGCAGUUACAUAAUAGCACAGACCCAUGCAGAGCCCUUGAACAAAAGGUAAACUCUUUGGUGGCAGAAGGCCCAGAAGCGCAGUGCAGUGAUACUUGGGAAGUUAUCAGGGCAUUCCAGAUGUCUGAAAGUAACCCAGCUGGCUCUGGGGAUGGGGCACUUUUUGAAGGAGCAGCAUUUUCACCACUAGAGACAUGUAGGACCAGAGAAGGUUUGUUGAUUUCUAACAAGCUAGCUGGUUCUGAGGAGCAGAGCUUUGAUGUGGACAAGGAAGCUGUGCUGCUCUUUUCUGAUCAAACUGAAGACUUGAGCCACGUGGGAACAGCCCCUGCUUUGUUGAGCAGAACAGAAAGCAAAGAAUUGGGUGUGAGGGGCAGAGGCGAGAAUGAGAUCCACCAAAUUUUCCAGGACCUUGAUGAGAGAUUAGCACUAACCUCUCAGUUUUACCUCCCUGAAGGUUGUGUUCAGAGAUGGGCGGCUGAAAUGGUGAUAGCCCUCGAUGCUUUGCAUCAAGAAGGAAUUGUGUGCCGCGAUUUGAACCCAAACAACAUCUUAUUGAAUGAUCGAGGACACAUUCAACUAACGUAUUUUAGCAGGUGGAGUGAGGUUGAAGAUUCCUGUGACAACGAUGCCAUAGAGAAAAUGUACUGUGCCCCAGAAGUUGGCGCUGUCUUUGAAGAAACAGAAGCCUGUGAUUGGUGGAGUCUGGGUGCUCUUCUCUUUGAACUCCUUACAGGGAAGACUCUGGUGGAGUGCCAUCCAGCAGGAAUCAAUACUCACACCACCUUGAACCUGCCAGAUCACAUAUCAGAAGAGGCAAAAUCACUCCUUCAGCAGCUUUUGCAGUUCAAUGCAGUGGAGCGCCUUGGCGCUGGAGUCGCUGGAGUUGAAGACAUCAAAUCUCAUCCCUUUUUUGUCUCUCUUGAUUGGUCAGAGCUAAUAAAGUGAGUGGUCUCAGCAAGUCAUCUGUCCACGUUUGGGCCUUUUGACAGACACUGUUCCUGACUUGUCAACAUUUUAAACAGUGACCGAGGCCUCAGGCCAUGAUUCAUAAAGAUGAAAACUGGAAAGACAAUGUUGAAAGAAAACAAUUUUAAUCAGAACUGAUGACUAGACACUAGUCGACUUUCUGUGGCAAGAGGCUCCUAUGUGUAAACUAAGGUGUCAUUCAGACUGAACUCUGUGGGGUAGUGAAUUUAUUACUUGUUAGGCCUGACUAGACAUAAUGGUGAUCACAGAGUUACCAGUGAAAAUUGCAAUCUAGUGUCAAAUGCCCAUCAUCACUCAAGUGAAUGCAUGGCAACCCAUAAUGGUGUCAUAUAUUUCCUCACACUCAUGUUCCAUAUUACUGGCAGCCAUUUGGGGUGAGGGAAUGUACUGCCAAAUGGAAUGCAACAUGACUUUUUGGUGGCAAACAUCUCCUUGUAUCUCUGAGCUGGGAAAUUAUGUAAACAGCUAUGCUCUUUUUUUUUCUUCAAGUGGUAAUAGAAGUAUAGAACUCUAGUUGUACAUACCAAUUCCUACCAUACAUGCCAGCUGAAAAUAGCCCCUUGUUAUAGUUGGAGAAUACAUGUCUUUCCUAUGCUAUACAAAGCUAAAUGGGGGAGGGGCAGGGAAUGGGGAGAAAAAUAACUUAUUAAUAACAUAUGCUAUGGUGCUUUUGUGAAACUUGACAUGUAAUACAUAUAUUUCUUUGUGGAAAAAAAGGAAGGCUUUCUUAUAAUAUUGUGUCAUGUGGACUUUGAAAUGGCUGCAUGUCAUCUAUCAAAAGAUGGAAGAGAGCAUCCAGAUACUGUUAUCUUGCCCUUGUUGGUUACCAGCGUCUGUUUUGAAGCACUAACUGAAGUGAAUUAUGUUUGUCACUACAAGGAAAGAAGUCUCUUCCCUCAACCACUUAAUAACUGCUUUAUAAAUUUAAUAUGGACCAAGUAAAUAGAAUGCUAAGUAAAUGUAUGGAUAUAAAUAAUGCUAUAUAUUUUUUUAAAUAAAUAAGUUGCCACAA